AUGUCGGCCGAUGAUUGGAUGCAAGAACUGGACAAAAUGUUGACGAACAUUGAACGCCAGGCGAUGUCUUCGCUACGAAAUAUUAGUAACUGUUUCGAACAAUCAGGUCAAUCGUUCCACCAAGCACAUCAGAAAUAUUGUCUAAAGCGCUCAAUUGACAGAUUAAAUGAAGUUUAUUCCAAAUUUGAAUGUGAAUCGUCGUUCAGUUAUCGUCAAAGUAGAAGUGUCGCUCCAAUUUCAACCGACAAUAACAACUCAAAUGCAAUUAUUAAAAUCAGCAAUGAUGAAGACUCAGAUGAAAGACCUAGCACCAGUUCGCAACCAUCCAAAGAGAAUCCGUUUCGAAAUGUUGAUCGUGAGAUUAAAACCGAGGAUGAUCAUGACGAAAGCAAUGAACAAGCUUUUGUCGGGGAGAUACCCAAUGUGGAAAUUAAAGAAGAGGAUAUGGAAAGUGAUGAGAUUCCGAUAGUUCGUGUUCCGGCCAAUCAACUGACCCGUGCAUAUAAGAUAGAGUCAAACUGCUCUGAACGUGUCAAAAUCGAAAGUGACGAAGAUCAUAACAAAGAAAACAUUGAAAAUGUAGCGAAGCGUGUACGAUCGAAUUCUGCGAAUAUUUUAGAUAAAAUUGGUGACAACAACGAAACAAAUGUAUGUGAACCAUACGGGAAGAAAUCAGGAGUAUCUCAGGGAAGAGUCGAAUCGAAAGAUGCAAGUUGCGAAAUCAGUGAAGAAAAUAACGCAAACAAGACGAACGAAGUGAACAUUUCCAAAGCUGCUGUUGAAAUGAAUUUAGCAAGAAAAGUGAGAAGUGGUCAGUCGACACUUGAGAAGUGGUUUUCUCAAAAAAAUAAAAGUAAUGAAAACAAAGAGAAAUCCAAUAGAGAAAUCGCUGGCCAAGCAGAGAAAAAGAAAACGGACGUUCAGAGAUCCCACAAAAAGUUAGAAAAAAUCUCGAAAAUAUCUAGUAAUAGGAAAAUUCACAGUCGAGUAAAACCACACGAAUGUGGUCGAUGUAAGAAGAGAUUUACACAUAAGAGAGAUCUCACAAUGCAUAUUCGAAUUCACACUGGAGAAAAACCAUAUCAAUGUGGUCAAUGUAUGAAGAGAUUUAGUCGUCAGAGUCAUCUCAAUGUGCAUAUGAGGACUCACACUGGAGAAAAACCAUAUAAAUGUGAUCGGUGCAAGAAGGGAUUUAUUCGUAAAAACAAUCUCGCUGAUCAUUUGAUGAUACACACCGCAGAAAAACCAUAUAAAUGUGAUCAGUGUAAGAAGCGAUAUGGUCGUAAGGAUCGUCUCGAUCGGCAUCGGAGGACUCACAAGGAUAGUCUGUUCCACUGUUCAGGGUGUCAUCGUGGAUUUUCACAAAAUAUUGAAAAAGAAGCACACGAAAGAGACUGUGAACAACGUCGAUAUGAGUGCUAUCUUUGCAACAGAGACGAAAAUAAGAAAAAGUUUGUUACUCUUGCAAAGAAUACACUAGAAACGCAUAUGAGAAUACAUACUGGAGCGAAACCGUAUCAAUGUGAUCAGUGUAAGAAGCGAUUCAGCAAUAAGAGUGGUCUCAAUGUGCAUAUUCCAAUUCACACUGGAGAAAAACCAUAUCAAUGUGAUCAGUGCAAGAAACGAUUUAGUAAAAAGGGUAGUCUUACUAUGCAUAUUCGAAGUCACACUGGCGAAAAACCAUAUCAAUGUGAUCAAUGUAAGAAACGAUUUAGUCGUAAGGAUUACCUCACUGGGCAUAUUCGAAGUCACACCGGAGAAAAACCAUAUCAAUGUGAUCAGUGCAAGCAACGAUUUAGUAAAAAGAGUAAUCUCAAUAUACAUAUGAAGACUCAUAAGGAUGUCACAGCGGAUUUUCACAAAAUAUUGAAAAAGAAGCACAUGGAAGAGAGUGUAACCAUAUAA